GGUGCAGGGGAGACAGCCUGGUUUUCCGUCAGGGCUCUGACAAGGGAGAGCACUCAGUAGUUACCCGUGAUCUCAAUGUUGGACCAAUGUCAGUGCUGCAGUUUGAUAUAAAUGUUGGGUGCUCCUCAGAAAGUACCCACAAGUACCCAGUGAAGCUGGAAUACUCUCCAGAUGGAGGCAAAACAUGGAAACUUGUUGUACCUAAUUGUGCAGAUGUCUCUACAGCUCAUUGUCAUGACAGUGUGAUGCAGACGAGCCUUCAUUACGGAGGAACUUCGAAAUAUUGGCGAAGAGUUGUUAUCCCUCUUGAUGAUCUCUAUGUUUGUGGAACGUUGAGAUUUCGCUGGUACCAGGGUGUUAUACCAGAAGAUGAUUACGGACCAGAGUGGGCCAUUGACAAUGUUUUCAUCGGAAUGGCCUGUAUGCAGCACUGCCUCGGACAUGGUAAAUGUGGCAGCACCAUGAUGUGCACAUGUGACCAUGGUUUCCUUGGUGACACCUGCUUGUCUAACCAGUCCCUACCCAUCUACAUGAAAGAAGGCUUCCCAUUGGCUAAUGGCCUUGACGAUCUACCAGAGGUGUUGCCCUUGCUGGAUUCCUUCAGUAGCUCCAGCAAACUCUUAGAUGAAAAGAAGUGGGAUAUCUGGAGUGGUGGACUGGUUUCUAAGGCUUGUGGCCUUUUGCUGGAUGGAUAUGGACUGGUUUUCCAAAAUUCCGGUGAACGUGUACUACAGACAAUAAAACUGGACCUCUCCAAGGCAACGACAGUCCAGUUCUAUAUUCGCCUUGGCUGUGACUCCACUCCUCCUGACCCAGCUACGCCCCCAGUUUACGCACAAUUCACCACAAACGGAGGAAUCAACUGGCACACCAUUGAGCAGUUUGAUUUCAACGAGCAUAGUAACAAGCCGUCUUAUGUGAUACUAAAUUUGCCUAAAAACGCAAGGUCCAGCGCUUCUCAGAUUCGCUGGUGGCAGCCAUCAAAAAAUGGAACAUUUAUGGAGCCCUGGGCAAUUGAUGAGGUUUACAUUGGUGGUGACUAUGACGGUGUCGAGAUGUUGGCAGACGACCCUGGUGCUCCUAGAGACUCUACCUGGACCCUGACCCCAGGAGCAGUUAUAGAGCCCGUAUGUGGGUCACUGUUUAAUGCCCUCCACUUUACUGGAGAGGAGCAGCACAGGUUUGCAGUGACAGCUGAUGUGGUAGUGGAAGCGGGAUCUGUACUACAGUUUGACAUCUCCCUUGGCUGUACUGACACAAAGCACUGCUUCAAGGUACAGCUAUUGUAUUCCCAUGACAAGGGUGUGACCUGGCAGCCUGUGACGAGGUCAUGUUUGCCUUCCCACCUCAACUGCGAGAAGUACACAUUCCCUAGAGAUAGCGAGUUUCUCUCAGAUAUGACAAGUGGAUGGAAUAGAUACAAUGUUCCGCUGCCGUUCCAUACAAGGUCACGGUCAACUAGGUUUCAAUUUGUUCAGCCCGAAGGUUUCAACAGGAAGGACACGGGCCAUCGCUAGCUUGUACAUAGGGACAGAUUGUCCAGAUUCCUGUAAUGGUCAUGGAAAAUGCACUGAACAGGGUUGUGUAUGUGACCCGGGAUGGGGAGGUUUUGACUGCAGUGCUUCCACGAUUGAUUUGCCUGUCUAUUCUUAUGAUAUGUUCACUGGAGAAUCCUAUAACUGGUACAAAGUUGUUGGGGGAAAGAGAACUAAACCAUGUAAACCUAUAGCAUCUGGAUCGGCUUUGCAUUUUACAGGGAACUGCUCCAGAGGACUCAUUUCUCGAUUCUUUGAUCUUUCAAAUGCUGAGUAUGUGCAGUUUAACUUUAUGUAUGGGUGUGGCACACCGCCGGAUAAUAUUGAUGAGAGUGUUUUGAUUGGGUACUCCACUAAUGCUGUUGAUUGGACAACGUUUGGGAAUUUGCAUUACUUGAACUACCGCUCACCAUCGUUUGUGACAAUAAUGCUACCAGAUGAUGCGAAAAGAAAUGGAACGGCAAUAAAUUUUGCCCAGUUCAAAAACAGUGGCCAAAAUGAAGAUGAUUGGCUUAUAGACAAUUUAAGAAUCGGAGGUCGAAAUGUAAACCCUGAUAUGAUGAUGAGCGACUUCACUUAUGGAAUCGAUGCAGCUGAAUGGAAGACUUUUGAUAACAUUAAAACAGGAGUGUAUUGUGAAAGAUCUGAAGUAGCAUCUGGAGAGAUCGUCGACGACGAGAGUGCAACAAUAACAACGCAAGAUUUGAACAUACAUGAAGGUCACAUGUUACAAUUCUGGUAUAACAUUGGUUGCAUGAGGCCAUGGAAUGCAUCGGUGGCACCUGUACAUUUGCAAUAUUCUACAGAUUACGGGAUGACCUGGGCCUAUGUUACCCCACAAUGUUUGUCAAAUGACCCAGACUGUCUUGUUGGACCAUCCAUGGCUAGCGUUUAUUAUGGUGAUCCUAUGGGAAGGUGGCAGCGAGUGAUUAUUCCACUUGAAGGAAUGACACAGUCAAAAGCAACACGUUUCAGAUGGCAACAGCGCCCUGUUAACGACGACGAAGCCAUUACGAAUUUUGGCUUGACUGAUGUUUACAUUGGACCAUCUUGUCAGGACAUGUGUGGUGGCCAUGGCAACUGUCACCCACAGACCUUCCCAUCAUGCAUUUGUGAUCCUGGUCACCAUGGUGAUAAUUGCUACC